AUGGCUCAUCAAGACAUGUCUGUUGUCAUGUCCGCCACAUUGUUGGCACUAUUAGCCAUCACGUUGUGGCGGUUCCGGGGCCGACCAGAGAUUGACCACCUCGACAAAAUUGCCAUCUCUGUGUCAGCCACACUUGCUGCCCUUGUCCUGCUCGCAAUUUGGCGGCGGCCACAAACAAAGAUCGAGUCCUCACCUCUACCGUCUGGAUCGAGGCCCAGUGGCGCCAGUUUCUCCUAUGAGCCAUUGGAAGAAGGGCAAAUCCGACUGCUCCAAUUUUGCCCACAGGAAGUAGGUGAGGAAGAUUCGCUUUGUGUCAAACUCUUUCACGCGAAGCUAAGCAUGGCCCCUGAGUAUGUGGCCCUUUCUUAUUCUUGGGGAAGUGACGAUGAGACGACGGCUGUCGAGAUAGUCGUCAAUCACCAGAGAUACAGGGUCUCACAACAUCUUGCGGAAGCUCUGCAUAGAAUGAAGAUGAACAACAUCACCAACAUCUGGGUGGACGCCAUAUGUAUCAACCAGCGUGACAUAAUCGAAAAGAGUAAAGAGGUGACAAGGAUGUUUACGAUCUAUCGUACGGCCACAAUGGUUGUCAUUUGGCUUGGACAAGACAUUGGUCUGGACGGAGAUGCGCAGAGAUUCAUCGACCUGGUCCACGACUUUGACCAGCCUUGGGAGAAGCAUCAUGACGAUGUCAAGACGUUGCAAACUGCUUUGAGUGGACUGGAGCGGUUUUUGUUACAGCGCUACUGGAGUCGCGUUUGGAUUAUCCAAGAAGUCGCAGCAGCGAGAAGAGCUCGCGUGUUCUGGGGCCCUUAUACGGUUGAACUGCCAUCCUUAGAAGCCCUAAUGAGAGAGCACCUUGAGUGGAUUGGGGACCUCGCUGUUGUGCCGAGAUAUGCUCAGACAGUUUUAUCUGUUCGCGCAGCAUGCCGAGCACAGCAGCAGCCUCGGUUGCUGGAGAUAUUGGCCAUGACCAGUGACUCAGAGACCAGUCAUUUGCGAGACAAGGUGUACGGUCUUCUCGGUCUGGCGUUUGACUGGACCAUCUAUGUCCGAGAGCCGAAUUACUCGGAGCAUGUUUCGGAAAAUAGUCUUUGCUUGGAGAUGACAGGUGCUCAUAUCAGCUGGUACAGUUCGGCAGAUAUCAUCUUCUUGAGGAGCAUGCACCCUGCUCAGCGAACAUUGCCCUCAUGGUGCCCCGACUAUUUCCACCUCCAGGUUGACGACUUCGACAAGAACUUGCUUUCAUAUGUGUGCUUCAAAGAUGUCAAUUUGGCAUGGGAGAAAAGACGAGCGUUUGGAGCUUCCGCCAGGAUGAGCGAAGUCAUGCCCGACACGUUUCACAUAUCUGGCAACAGACUCACAUUGAAGGGUAACUGUUUGGGUCGGAUCACCGCUCUAGGCAGCAUAUUGGGGGAAGGUGCAGGAAACUGCAAGCUUGACCGUCAUUCUCCAGCGGUCGAAGCCACGGUCACAGAAAUUGCAAAGGCUUUCCGGCGACUACUUUUGCUCUGCCAUAGUCAGACUUUUGGACAUCUCAGCGGGCUAGACUUUCUCGCGUUGCUGUACGCGCUUCCUGGAGAGGCAUUCGGGAGUGUCCAGUGCACGGACCUGAGAUCAUGGCUAGCCGACCACGAGGAAUUCUUCCUGAUGUUCGGGCUCAAAUUCCAACCUGUGCCUAGCCGCGACGGAAUCGCGGUCAAGAUACGUGGCAGAGCCGAAUCCUUCUGUAUCCGGGAAGAGUGGAAGGAGUACUUUGGGCUGAACGAUGCCAACGCAAGAACUUCGACUCGUCGGCGACGUGAGUAUCCUCUGGACUCUGUGCUGAAAUCCAUAGACUUGACUCUUCAGGAGCGCCUUCGGCUUAUGUGCAUCCGUGAUCAGACUCUCCUCGGUUGGGCCCAUCGGGAUGCUGAGCUCGGAGAUGUGGUAUGGCAUCUGGAGGGGUGUACUUUGCCAGCCAUACUUCGGAGAUCUCCAGCGCUGUCAGAAGAGCAUGGGAUGGACAUCUAUCAACUUGUUGGCCAUGCCUACGUCGACCCAGUCAUGGCGAGUGGACGGUGGAUAGCGAGGGAAAACAAAAGCCGGCUGGUUCAUAUCUGUUGA